AAAAAAAUUGCACAGUAGCUGCGCCCGGCACCGCAGCCAGCAGAAAUCAUCGGCAGGAAAAAGAUUGCCAUUUAUUGCGAAAAAUCGAGGAGUUCGUCCUAAAAAAGCUGUUUAAAUAAAUUAAAGUAUUUGAACGAGUAAGUCAUCGACCUGAGGGAUAAUGGCAACAUUAAGAUUGCUGGCAGCCGGUGCUAGUGCUGUGGGGGCUGGUGCUGUGACGACUUAUUUUUUUACGUCUGAUUCACCGGUAUUAGCGGAAAAGGUAGCCCACAAGCCAGUGAAGAGACCCCUACCAAGCCGAGAGGAGCAACUGAAGAACCUGAAGGAGCAACUGGAAUACGACGUCCUAAUCAUAGGAGGUGGAGCAACAGGAGCUGGAUGUGCCUUAGACGCGUGCACGAGAGGUCUGAAGACAGCCUUGAUCGAGGGUGAUGAUUUUGCAUCUGGAACCUCCUCGAGGAGUACAAAGCUCAUCCACGGUGGUGUACGUUAUCUCCAGAAGGCAAUAAUGCAGGUUGACGUUGAGCAAUACAAGAUGGUAAAAGAGGCACUCCACGAGCGAGCCCAGAUGCUGCACAGUGCACCCCACCUGGCCCACCCACUCCCAAUAAUGCUGCCAGUGUACACCUGGUGGCAGAUCCCCUACUACUGGUUCGGUAUAAAAAUGUACGAUCUCGUGGCAGGAAGUAAAACAGUAAAAUCCUCCUACUACCUGAGCAAAGCGAACGCCCUGGAGCUGUUCCCCAUGCUCAAGGGUGACAAAUUAACUGGUGCUAUUGUCUACUACGAUGGACAACAGGACGACGCCAGGAUGAACCUUGCAGUGGCACUGACAGCCUCCAGACUGGGUGCCACUGUAGUGAAUCACGUGUCAGUGGUGAAUCUCUUGAAGGGACGUGACAGGGAUGGCAAGACCGUGCUGACAGGUGCACACGUCAGGGAUGAGAUGACUGGAGAGGAAUGGGAUGUCAAGGCCAAGGCGAUUAUCAAUGCCACUGGACCAUUUACUGAUUCAAUCAGGAAGAUGGAUGAUCAGGCAGUCCCUGAGAUCUGCUGUCCAUCGUCUGGUGUUCACAUUGUACUUCCUGGAUACUACAGUCCUGAUCAGAUGGGUCUUCUCGAUCCUGCCACCAGCGAUGGAAGAGUCAUCUUCUUCCUCCCCUGGCAGAAGCAAACAAUCGCUGGCACAACUGAUUUACCCUGUCAGGUCACCCACAAUCCUCGACCGACAGAGGAUGAGAUCAUGUUUAUCCUCCAGGAAGUGAAGAAUUAUUUGAAUCCAGAUGUUGAGGUACGUCGUGGUGAUGUUCUGUCUGCCUGGAGUGGCAUCAGACCUCUUGUAUCUGAUCCCAAUAAACCGAAUACCCAGUCAUUGGCGAGAAAUCAUAUUGUCCACGUCAGUCCCACGAAUUUAGUGACAAUUGCUGGUGGAAAAUGGACGACCUAUAGAGCUAUGGCUGAGGAAGCCGUUGAUGCUGCCAUUCAGGCGUGUCGACUGGAACCCCUCGACGUCUCCCAGACCGAUGGAAUGCUCCUGGAGGGUGCCCACGGAUGGAGUCCAACGAUGUACAUCAGAUUGGUCCAGGAUUUUGGUCUCGAGUGUGAAGUUGCACAGCACCUGGCGAAGAGCUACGGCGAUCGUGCAUUUGCUGUUGCUAAAAUGGCAUCACUCACUGGCAAAAGGUGGCCCAUCAUCGGAAAGAAAAUUCACCCAGAGUUUCCCUACAUCGAUGCCGAAAUUCGUUACGGGUGUCGUGAAUAUGCGAGAACAGCUAUCGAUAUGAUCGCCAGGAGACUCAGACUGGCUUUUCUCAAUGUUCAAGCAGCCAAUGAGGCACUUCCUGGGAUCAUUGAUAUCAUGGCUGAAGAGCUCAAGUGGUCACCUGAAGAGAAGAAGAAGCAGCACAAAGAAGCUAGUGAAUUUCUGGCGAAUGAGAUGGGACAGAUGGUUAAUCGAGCCUCCAGGGAUAAAAUUCCUAUCAAUCUCACCAAAGAUGAGAUCCAGCUCUACAUCAAAAGGUUCCAGAUCAUCGAUAAAGAUAGGAAGGGAUAUGUCUCCAUUAAUGACAUCCGGCGAGGAUUGAAGGCGUUAGGGAUUAAAUUCAAAGAGGAAGAGAUGCACGCACUCCUGAACGAGAUUGAUCUGAGUUAUAAUGGGCAGAUGGAGCUCCAGGAUUAUCUCCAGCUAUUCGGUGACAAGGAUGUGCCGGGUGAAGAGCUACACGAGAUUCUCAAAGAAAUUGAUACUAACAUGAAUGGUCAAGUCGAACUGGACGAGUACCUUCAGAUGAUGUCCGCUAUAAAAUCCGGUCAUGUUGCCUAUUCGAGAUUCGCCCGGAUGGCCGAAAUGGAAGAGGCCCAGCACGAAAAGGACAUCCUCAAGAAACAGAUCAGCGUUGAGAGGUCUGGUGGUGGCCUUUAAAUAUUUUCUUCUCAUUUUCCUCGAUCCUAGAUAAUAAUAACGAAAUCACGACAUCUGAUAUUAAGAUAUUCGAAUAUUUAUAGUAGGCAUUAAUUUUAUUGAGUUGUCGAGAGCAACAGAAUGUGCAAUGAUAUCACCUGGUGAUCACAUGGGACUUCCCUGUGACAAUUUACACACGCCAAUUCUAGUUCAAUUUACUUAAAGAUUAAUUGUUAAAUCUUGUACUCAAUUUACAAAAAUGGGGAUUUGACGAUUAAGGGACGACUGCGAGUUUCUAAUCAUCAAUCAUUCAAACUUUAAUUGUUUAUCGUCUGCUUAAUGCUUUUCUACACCUUUGGGCACAACAGCUGAUUUUUUUUUACAGCCCGAGAUAUUUUGAACUCCCAGUCGUCUUCCUGGAGAUCAGUAAUGGAGAGGUCGAACGGUUUUCCGUGGAUAUCUCGGGAUCCGAGGGAGAUAAUGAUAUUUUCGUAAUUACCAAUUUUGUAGGCGAAAAUGAGAGCUGGAAAAAAGGUCAUUAUGGAAUUGUCGAUUUCUCCCUCGGAUUCGGAGAUAUGUCGUAAUAACUGAAUUUCGAAAUUUAGUAAAGUGGAUUUCUUCGUUUUUUUUUGGUUUGGUUUUUGGGAAAUAUCUCUGGAUGGAAGGCAAACCCAAAAAUUUUCAAGGGACCUUUUUUAUGGGGGAGAGGUAGAACUGCAAAAAGUUUUUAAUGAAAAUUUUUGUAGCUGUAGCACAUUCCGAGAUAUUUGCAUAAAACUCGGUGAAAUGAGGAUCGACUGUUUUGACUCUCCGCUACUGAAUGAUAUUAGACAAUUUAUUUAUUAUGUAUAUAACUCCUGAUUACAAAUACAGUGUUAUAACAUUUCAAUUAUAA